ACACAAAAUCGUGGUGUGUGAAUGUUUUACUCCAGAGAAGUGAUCUAUUAAAUAUGUUUUGUAUGUUUACUGUACAUUUUGGAUUUUUAAAUGUUACUUCUUGUUUCUGGAACAAUUGGAAUGACUGCAAUUUAAGCUUUGAUACUUUGCAGGGAUGUUUUCAUUCAUAACUGAAGGGUCUUGUACAAGGCACAUGAAUGUCUUCUAAUUAGCAUGCGAGUCAGUAUUUCUGGGAAAAAGAAUAGCACAUUUACAAGACAAUAUAAGAGCAUUGGAUGGAUGAUAUUGCAAUCACUUCACAAUGCUUGUGUGGAUCAAAUCAGCUGCUAGACUUGCGAUAUUUCCAUGUCUGUUUAUCAUCGGGAAAUGGUUUUGGGGUGAUUUCUCCCUCACUGUACAUGUUGAUCCUUUGGUUCCCUUGGUUGGGCAAGGUCUGAUGUUGUCCUGCCACCUCAUAGGCCAGGUCCCCGCUAACUGUCAAGUGCAUUGGUAUAAAUGGGAAAGGAGCAAAAAUAUGACAUUAUAUGUUUACAAUAGCACAGCAAAUGGGGCCGAGCUGAGCAGGGAAUGGCACCAGCACAGGAACGGUGCCCCCAAAGGAUGGUAUAAGAAUGGAGUUGUUAGGGUGAAAUUCUUUCAUGUGCACAUAGAAGACACAGGACGGUAUGUGUGUGCAGUGACAGGCGAUGGUGUCUAUCAAGAAGUUGUUACCCAGGUGACUGUUGUAGGUUUUGGAUCUGCACCGCGCCUAACUAUAGAACAGCAGCAGAAUAAUUCAGCCACUCUGAGAUGCACAUCCCAAGGGUGGUACCCAUGCCCUCUAGUACUUUGGACUGACAGCACAAGACAAAACAUCACUGCUAUGGCUAAAACAAGAAUCCUGAAAGAUGUGGCAGGGUUCUAUCAAAUCAACAGUACAAUCCUGAUAGUAGAUAGUUCUUCUGACACUAUCUCAUGUACUAUAAUAAAUCCUGUGCUGAAGCGGCAUCGUAAAAAAAUGAUUCCAAUUUCAG